AUGGAUGAGGCUUAUAAGUGGCGGUCAGAUUGGUAUCAUCAUGGAGAGUUAAAGUCUGGGGUUGAAGGUGACAAUAAAGCCAGUCAGUUUAAUGAUGAGAUAUAUGGGUUAUAUCAAGCUGUUGAGUUCAUGGAUGAUGACUUUGUCAGAAAUGCUGAACUCGGUGAGAUUGCAGAGUGUGAGGACAAGAAAGAAGAUGAGUUUCUUGCAAAGCUUGCAGAUGCUGUAACACCCUUAUAUCCAAGUUGUGUUAAUCACAAGGACAAUGUGCUACACACGUCACUAUAUGAGGUGAAGAAAUUUCUUAAGUCAUUUGAUAAGGGCUACCAGAAGAUUCAUGCAUGUGUUAAUGAUUGCUGCUUAUUCAGAAAGAAGUACAAGAAGCUCGAUAAUUGUCCUAAAUGCAAGGCUUCUAGAUGGAAGACGAACAUGGUUACUGGUGAAGUAAAGAAAGGUGUUCCACAGAAAGUGUUAUGCUACUUUCCCAUAAUCCCACGGCUGAAGAGAAUGUUGAGGUCCGAAGAGAUGGCUAAGGACUUAAGGUGGCAUCAGACUAACAAGAGCAACGAUGGUAAACUCCGUCACCCUGUGGAUUCAGUAACAUGGGAUCAGAUGAAUGCCAAAUAUCCUUCCUUUGCAGCUGAAGAAAGGAAUGUGUGGCUUGGUCUUUCCACAGAUGGAUUUAAUCCAUUCAAUAUGAAGAACAACAACUACAGUUGCUGGCCUGUUUUGCUAGUAAACUACAAUUUGCCACCUGACUUAUACAUGAAGAAGGAGAACAUCAUGCUUACAUUGUUGAUACCUGGACCACAACAGCCUGGUAAUAGCAUUGAUGUAUACUUAGAGCCGCUCAUAGAGGAUCUUAACCAUCUCUGGAACAAUGGAGAGACAACAUAUGAUGCAUUCAGUAAAUCAACUUUUAAUCUGAAGGCAAUGCUGCUUUGGACGAUUAGUGACUUUCCGGCUUAUGGGAAUCUUGCAGGCUGCAAAGUAAAGGGUCAGAUGGCCUGUCCAUUAGGUGGAAAAAUACAGACAGAUCUUCCUGUGAGGCAUAACUUAGAUGUUAUGCAUGUAGAAAGGAAUGUGGCUGCAAGUAUUCUCUCUAAUUUGUUACAGUGUGGGAAAUCAAAGGAUGGUCUAAAUGCCCGUAAAGAUUUGGAGUAUCUUGGACCAGAUGGCUACUGUUCAAACAUAGCGAGAGGCGUAUCUUUAGACGACUGCAAAGUAACAGGUCUGAAAUCACACGACUAUCACGUGUUAAUGCAGCAACUCCUUCCGAUUGCACUUAAAGGUUUGUUGCCAAAAGGUCCUAGGCUAGCGAUUGUACGCUUAUGUGCAUUCUACAACCACUUGUGUCAGCGAGUAACUGAUAGAGAGCAGAUUUUGGUAAUGGAAGCUGAGGUUGUUGAAACGAUAUGCAUGUUUGAAAGAUUUUUUCCGCCAAGUUUCUUCGAUAUCAUGGUGCACUUGACGGUUCAUCUAGGAAGGGAAGCUAGGCUAGGUGGACCAGUCCAUUUAAGAUGGAUGUACCCUUUUGAGAGGUACAUGAAAGUUCUCAAAGACUUUGUGAGAAAUACUGCGAGACCAGAGGGGUGUAUUGCUGAGUGUUAUCUAGCCGAAGAAUGCAUUCAGUUUUGUAGUGAAUUCUUAAAGAAGUCUACAAACGUACAUGAAAAGUUAGAUAGAAACACUGACUAUGAUAAUAGUUCUAUUCUAGAGGGUCGUCCUAUAUCCGCUGGAACUUCCAUAACUCUUUCAGAAAUGGAUAACAAAACAGCUCAUCUUGCUGUCAUCCAAAAUAUGGCUGUGCAUCUACAAGACACAAAUGGAAGAUGUCGACAUGAUGCAUCAGUUUUAUGGGCUACGCACACUGAGAAUUUUGCAUCUUGGUUAAAACUACAGAUACCACUUGAUUCAGACUGCUAUGGAGAAGUUCUAAAAUGGUUGGCUUAUGGUCCACGUUGCACUGCACGGUCAUAUACGGGUUACAUAGUGAAUGGUCAACGGUUUCAUACAAGAUCAGUUGAUAGGAAAAAUCAGAAUAGUGGGGUUUUUUAUGAGGCGACGUCAGUCUGUAGGGCUAGUGCGAAAGACACUUCACAAGUGGUUGAUUUGGUAUCCUACUACGGCAGAGUGAUAGACAUCAUACUGUUAAAUUAUAAUGUUUUUUAUGUUCCUCUUUUCCGGUGUCAAUGGGCAGUAUUGGGUAAUGGAGUUAAGAUAGAAGAUGGUUUCACAUUAGUUAAUUUGAAUCAUAGUCAAGUCUCCUUUUUAAGAGAUCCAUAUAUAUUAGCCUCGCAAGCAAAGCAGGUGUUUUACUUACGGGAAGACGCAGAAUCAAGUUGGCAUGUUGUUAUGCGAGGUCUUUCAAGAAGAUAUAAGAAAGAUUUGGAUGAUGGGAUUGGAGACAUUGGACCAUUACCGUCAAAUGUGGACAUGGAUGAAUCUGAAAAUGCCCGAAAUGAUUGUGAAGGCAUAUAUGUCUGA